AUGAGUAUGGAUCAAAUUCAAACAACACCUGAUAAUGAAGCAGUGGAAGUUGCUCAGAUGCAUCAAGUGAUUGGGUCUGCUAAAAGUUGCAUAGAACAAAGUGGAAUGGAUAAUAAAGAUGCAGAAGCUACUGACGCAAAUCAACAGGUAAUAGAAGAUAAGUUUCGACCAUUUGAUAUGACAAUUAGACGUAUAAGUUAUCAACUAACAGAAGAGAGAAGAAGGCGUUCAGAAGUAGGACUGGAUAUAUUAGAGGCUUCUAAUUCACAUAAUAUUGAUCGAAAUGUGCCACAGCUAUCACAACCAUUUAUGGUUGAAAAAGUUGAUGAUGAAUUACAUAGUAAUGUAUACACUCCCAUUUGUUCUAAUACUGUGAUGGAAGAUACUACUUCAAUGAUUUUUAAUUCUAAACCAAGGAAACAAUCAGACUGUAUAUCUUUUUUAGUCGGAAUUUUUGUUGCUGUAGGUGGGUUUUUAUUCGGUUAUGAUACAGGGCUUAUUAAUAGUCUGACCGAAAUGCCUUAUGUAAGAUCACAUCUGGCACCUAAUCAUUUUGCAUUUACUACUACACAAUGGUCUGUGUUAGUAUCAUUUUUAUCCUUAGGUACCUUUAUUGGAGCUUUAUUUACUCCGAUUGCGUCAGAUAAAUUUGGAAGAAAACUAAUGAUAAUUUUUAGUACGGCUAUCAUAUUUUCAAUUGGGACAUCAUUACAAGUUGGUUCUAUGUCUUUAGAUCUUCUAGUAGCAGGGAGAUUUGUAUCAGGCUUAGGUAUCGGUAUCAUAUCUGCCAUUGUCCCUUCAUAUCAGGCUGAAUCAGCCAAAAAGAACUUAAGAGGUGCAAUUAUUUCCACAUAUCAAUGGGCAAUAACAUGGGGACUGUUUGCUUCCAGCGCAGUGGCACAGGGUACACAUGCAAUGAAGUCAGCUGCAUCUUAUAGAAUUCCUAUUGGGCUUCAAUAUGUAUGGUCUUUCAUUUUGACAAUUGGUAUGUGUUUCCUUCCUGAGAGUCCUAGAUAUUAUGUAAUGAAAGAUCGGCUCCAUGAAGCUGCAAAAUCAUUGUCUUUUCUCAGGGGUGUGCCAAUAGAAGAUUCUGGCCUUUUGGAAGAAUUGGUUGAGAUUAAAGCCACCUUCGAUUAUGAAAAGGCUGUGGGGUCAUCAUCAUUUUUAGAUUGUUUUAUUUCAAGUAAAGAGAGACCAAAGCAAAGUUUAAGAAUGUUUACUGGAAUUGCAGUUCAGAUAUUCCAACAAUUUUCGGGGAUUAACUUUAUUUUUUAUUUUGGAAUCAGUUUUUUAAACAAAGCAGGUAUUCACCAAAGUUAUAUUAUAUCUUUUAUUCUCUAUGCAGUCAAUGUGGCUUUUAAUAUACCAGGUUUGUUUUUAGUAGAAUAUAUCGGUAGAAGGAAACUUCUCAUAGCUGGUGGGUUUUUUAUGGCUUUAUCUAAUUUUAUUAUUGCUAUUGUAGGUGUGUCAGUAAAGGCAUCAGUGGCAGAUAAAAUUAUGAUUGCAUUUAUGUGCACAUUUAUUGCGUCAUAUUCAGCCACAUGGGGUGGGGUGGUCUGGGUAUUAUCUGCAGAAUUGUAUCCCUUAGGUGUAAGAGCCAAAUGUUCUGCGAUGUGUGCAGCUUCCAACUGGUUGGCUAAUUUUGUUUGUGCAUUAAUUACACCUUAUAUUAUUGACACAGGGGAUAAUGAAACAGUCACUCUUGGUCCAAAAAUAUAUUUCAUAUGGGGGUCUUUGAAUGCAUUAGGGGUCUUAAUUGUUUAUUUCACUGUAUUUGAAACUAGAGGCUUAACUUUAGAACAAAUUGAUGAACUAUAUGAGAAUGCAUCUAAUGCAUUCGAAUCAGAUAAAUGGAAUAAAGAAAUAAGAAUGAGAAAAGUGAGCUUUUGCAAUGUUGAUACUGUAAAUAAUUUUGCAGCAGUUAAUAAUGCAUCGGCACCUCAAUGCACUUCUUCGUCUAAUAACAUAGCAUCUGACAGUGUAAACGACACCAAUUCACCCUAUGUGGAUAUUAAUUAUAAUCUAGGAAGUAUAAACAGAGAUCAACUAAAUAAGUGUAAUAAUGAUGGGAGAAAUAGAGUUCUGACAACAGUAAACUUUGAUAAUGAUAUUUAUUUGAAACAGUUAGAUCCCAUUGCUCGACUUUUUACAAAAACACCACCCAUAUUAACGUCUGAUCUCCCAGCACUGGCAAAUUUAACACCUAACUCUAUCGAUAAAUCAGGAAUUGUGGAUCUUGGAAACGGAUUGACUUUGAACAUGAAUAAACGUGGACCCCCUUCUUUAUCAAGUGGGUCAUUGAUUUUGGAGGAUGAAGAAAAUAGUGGGGAAAAUCGUAGUAUACAUACUAGUAGCCAAUAUUAUAGUGAUAGAAGUCAUAUGGAUUUAGUUGGCGAAUAUGUGUCACAGGUCAUUAGAGGUUCUUCACCUUAA